UACUAUGGUGUAUCCAUUUUCCCCCACCCCCAAUAGUGAGCCAUAAUUUCCCUCCCCUGUUCAUAAGUUAGAAGUCCUCACCAGUGAAGUCACAGGACUGUCAAAGCAAGGCCGUCACAUUAUCCUCCCUGCUUUCUUUUUAUUUUUUUAAAUGUCUUCUUCCAAAAACAUCUUCUUCAUGUUGUUGUUUUGUUGGGGUCUGCAUAUCUAAACCAUACAUCUGAUUGGCACGCAGUUUGGCACACAGUUUUGUAAAAUCAGCUUUUAUGUUUUUCAUGUCUUAUAUAGGCAUGUAUUCUGUGUGGUGACUUCAAGCCUCUCUGCUGGAAGGGGGGAAUCAUAUUCUCCUCACUUCUUACUUUUUUUGCACACACGACAAUCUGCAGUUUGUCUCCUUCACACAACAUGACAUAUGUGACUUGACACAUUUUGUGUCAAAAUGAAUAUGAAUAAUUUCAAUCACCUCAUGCUCAUGUAUACAUGUUGAACCCUUUCACAAAUACAUGUUUCAACUGUUCACUCAGCAUGUCAUUUAGUUCAGUCAUUUGUGUCUAUGCUUCCUGAGUUCACCUUAGUUGGAUGAUAGUAUUGGCAGAACUUCAAUGCUGCUGUUCCUUUUAUUUUUCCCCCCCUGUAGCUUUUAAGUGUCGGAUAUCAAUUAAUAAAGUGUCCAUGCAGUACCAACGCCAUGUUCAAUUAUUAAUCUAGGCAUUAGGAAGUCAAGCCAAAGUAGUUUAUUUGCCAAAGAGAAAAUUUCUACGUUCAGUUGGCUGACAAAGAGCGACUCUUUCCGCUUGAGAAUAAAGAGAAAUUGCAGCAUCAGCUGAACAGGAAGUAAACAUGUGACGGCUAAAAUGGGUGCACACUGUGGUACAUUUGACGUAACGCACUGAAGGCUUGUGCUGCAAUGAACCUCCAAGGGUUUCACUUUUUUUUAUCUUGUUUCCUCUGUUGGUCUUCUAUUGGGGGAAAUGUCCAGUGUUAUGAAGCAAUGUGCUCCCCAGUUAUACAGUGCAUACUUUUAAUGUGGAACUUACUGAAAGAAUAUCCACACAAAAAACACACAACCUUACACUUUGCUUUUGUAGUCGUCAUACAUGAUUUGAUGAUGAUUGCUUGAAUGAAUGUGUAUUGUUGGAAACCCAAUGUAUUGCAAAUGUUUUGGCAAAUAUGUUUUACCCAAUAUUAUUAAUAUGGUUAAAAAAUGCCGUGAUAAUUCUGUAUUGAACCGUUCUUCAAAUACCUUAGUCCCUACUGAACCUUGUGACCGCUAAACAAACGUAUGCUAUUGCCUAGAGUGUAAAAACAAAAGAGGCAAUUUUAUGUCGACCAAAACUUAAUUAACUCAUCUUAACACAUCAUUUAGAAACUGCACCGUACUAAUGGUUUCUCUCUUUUUUGAUUCAGGCGAUGAAUUUGGUAAGUGGAUCUGACUUGUGCAAUAUGCUUCCCUCCUCCGCUUUGUUUGGCAGCACCAGUGCACUGUCCCCUUGCUAUGGCCCUCUGCUGGCAUGGCGUCCCCGCCCCAUUACUACCCUGAUCAGGCGUCUAAGGACAAAGCCCUGCAGAACAUGGCAGCGCUGUCGUCUGCACAGAUCGUCUCCCCGAGUAUGAUAAAGAAUCACCUUCCACCACUGCCUCCUGCCCACUACCAACCACCCAGAUUCUGGCCUUCUCUCCCAGGACAGCCUGGACCCUCUCAGGAGCUCAUUCUAGAUCUCAACCCGGGAAGGACUCCUGGGCUUGGCCGCACCAGCCAUGCUAUCAAACCUUUUGCACAGCCCCCGUACCCGGGUCCUAUACCACAAUCCAUACCAAGUGUGUGCCAUCCAGGUUAUGAGCCCUUGGCACCUCCUCCUCCUCCAUCUGCUACUGCUGUGCCGGUGUGGCAGGACCGGACCAUCGCCUCCUCUAAGCUGCGGAUGCUGGAGUACUCGGCCUUCAUGGAGGUCCAGAGAGACCCAGACAAUUACAGCAAACACCUGUUUGUCCACAUUGGACAGACCAACCCCUCGUACAGCGACCCGCUCCUCGAGGCUGUGGACAUCCGGCAGAUCUACGACAAGUUCCCUGAGAAGAAGGGCGGGCUCAAGGAGCUUUAUGAGAAAGGCCCUCAGAAUGCUUUCUUCCUAGUUAAAUUCUGGGCCGACCUGAACAGCAGCGGCAUGCAGGACGGCCCCGGUUCUUUCUACGGAGUCAGCAGCCAAUACAGCAGCCUCGAGAACAUGACGAUCACCGUUUCAACCAAAGUCUGCUCGUUUGGCAAGCAGGUUGUCGAGAAAGUAGAGACAGAAUACGCCCGCCUGGAGGGAGGAAGGUGUGUUUACAGGAUCCACCGCUCUCCUAUGUGCGAGUACAUGAUCAACUUUAUCCACAAACUCAAACACUUGCCUGAAAAAUACAUGAUGAACAGUGUUCUUGAAAACUUCACUAUCCUACAGGUGGUGACGAACCGCGACACCCAGGAGACCUUGCUCUGUAUAGCAUUUGUUUUUGAGGUUUCCACAAGUGAACACGGAGCUCAGUAUCACGUCUACAGACUUGUUAAAGACUAACGGCUCCUCAGGGAGGUUUUUGGAAAAGCCCGAAAUAAAGCGUGACACAAUCUCUCCUCGACCAGCUCAACCACCCAGGAAAAAAAACACAAAAAAAACCCAGACAUUCAAACAAUGCUAGACCGAACUAACAUGGACACAUUUUAUGCUUUAAAAAGUCUUGUUUGCAAGGGGAAAAAAAGAGCGAAUCUCAACGUGCCGACAUGCAAAUACAUUUUGAAGAAUUACGGAUUUUUCGAAAACAACCAGCUAUUUUCCAUGUGUUUAAACAUGCUUUAGAUGAAGUGGGUCACUUUUUGCCAAGGUAAUUGAUGGAGCCUGAAAUGUUUUACUGAGGGAAUGAGAAUGUGUUGGAAAGACUCUUAUAGUACAGAGAGUACAGGACCACGGAAGGGGAAAACCAGAGCCAAGUGGUUCUGUUGCAGUAGGUUUGUUAGGAAAGCAAGUGCCUUAUCUCCAAAGAUGAUAUCAUUGCCUGCCACUUUGGAUUGCCUUUUUUUUUUUUUUCUCUUCUCACUACCUCUUGUUUUUAAACGAACGGAAAACAGUCAGACAGGUGUACUUUGUCCAAAAGAAUUGGAAAGAAACCUCUCAGAUUUACAUCUAUUGAGGCGUUUCUUUGUAUUUGGGCACACAGAGGAAUGGGAUGGGAUAACACAUUUUCAUGUAGCCUGUUGUUUUUUACAUGAAGAUCAUCCCGAGUUUUACAGUCUACAUGUAUCGGGAGAAGGUCUAUUGUGUUACCGUACUAUUAAGGUUCUGCUUUUUUUUUUUUACAUUUUAUUACACAGUUCAAAAAUCAGGUCUUGCGAGCAUCUAUCUAUAACUGACUUUUGACACUAGGGAUGCCUUGUAAAAUGCUAGCCUGACGUAAAACCAGGGCUUUGUCAUCCUUACGAGAUCCCCUGUUAAUUCUCUCUGUUUGAAGACGUGUGCUUGGUUGCACUUAAAAGAUCAAGAAGGGGAGGUGAAGCGACAUCAGUGCUUAUUUUCUGCCUUGAGUUAUGUAGCCUAAUUGAAAAAAAAUUAAAUGUUUCUGUACUGUGAGUCAGCGGAUGCUAAAGGAAUACGUGUUACAUAGGAGUAUUUGUUUUGGAGGGGAGGGGACUUUCUGUUCAUAUUUGUGUUCAAGUAACUCAGCACAGAGACCAUGGUUUAAGUGGGAGGGGGGGGGGGGGGAGUUAAUCACUGUUUCUUUUGUUUAAAAAAGAGAUUGUAUGCUGUGAAGUCGGUUCAUUUGCUUCACCCUUCUCCGUUGUAAUGUGUGGAGAAGCUGCAUUCGUUGAUUAAAGUUCAGUUUUUAUAUUUAAGACUUUUUUCUUUUUCUUUUUACUGACAUUAAACAAAAUCAUUUAAUAAAAAUCAAACAAAAUCAUUGUCUUGAAUAAGAGCUAUUGUCUCUGUGCUGUGGAGUAUGACCAUUGAUUGUUAUUUAUAGGGUUGGAAGAGAAUUAGCAGGAGGGCAGGGUGGGGUACUGGAGAUGUACUGAUCGUUUUCCACUGUGAUGGAGAUGUUAAAAGUAUUGCAGGACUCAUUAGAGACAGGAGAACUGUCAUCCCGUGGAUCCUGCUAGACAAGUGUCUACUCUGUGUGGUUCACUGGACAAUUGUGUUAUAAAAGUUCAAAUUUAAGAUAUUGUGCAGUGGGAUAGUUGCACCUGGCUUUGGAUGUCAUAUUUCACAAGCUAGAUACAAUAACACUCCUCCUCUAGCAGGUUUCUCAAUUUAUCUUUUAUACAGACAUGUUUUUGCCAUUAUCAAGAUUCAUGUUUUGUUUUGAUUCUGUUGUCUUUUGACUUUCAGUGUUUGCCAUAUGCCUCACUGAAAAUAAUGUGUGAUUGUGCUGAUAUUGAUAAUUAUUAAUGAGAUAUCUAAUGUGUCAUAUUCUGAAUGGUGUGGGCAGUUUUUUUGUUUUGUUUUUUUUUGGUUUAAAGUGGUUUACUGUUGUCUUUGUUACCAUUGUGCAUUGCAAUUUUAUACUUCAAAUUAGAGGUUGGACUAUGUAAUCAAACAAAUGUAUCUAACAAUAAAAGACGCAUGGUGCCUUUGGGGCCAUUUUUCCCCAGAAAACUUAAUAAACAUGUUUGUAAAUUUG